AAGAGACGAAGCCGGUAUGGUUAUCAGCUGGUUAUUGAACAUGUUGAAGGUGUUCGGCUAUUCUUGAAGGCAGCGGAAUCCACGACCCGGUUUUUCUGACUCAGUCUUAUUCCAGGUACAAAAUAUUAACCCGAUGACGUCAAUCAUGCGGUGCAUUGUCUCCAUCCUCUCAUUCUCCAUCUUGCUAUCUGGUGCGGUUGUGGCGGCUCGUCGAGCUCCUUUAUUCAAAACACGAGAAGCCAUUAAGGAGCAGUACAUCGUAGUCCUGAAGAGGAAUGCUGUGCUUCCAAACGUUCUACAAUCUCUUCAUGAAGAAUCCCGGCUGAAAAGUAUAACAUUUAACAACCCUCUGAAAGAGUACAACAGAGUCCUCAAUGGAUUUGCAAUAUCUUUAUCAAAGGAGGCCUUAGCAGUGGUGCGAGCCCACCCCUCUGUGAAGUACGUGGAAGAAGAUGGCCUAGCACACACUACAGAGAUCUGGGGACUUGACAGGAUCAACCAAAGAGAUCUUCCUCUCGAUGAUAGUUAUACUCCAGUCGGUAAUGGCAGCGGUGUGAAUGUAUACGUCCUUGAUACUGGAAUCAGAACAACCCAUGAGGACUUUGAGGGCAGAGCAGAAUUCGUCUAUGACGCCAUGAACUACGCUAUCGGCAACGAUGGUGAUUGUCAAGGGCAUGGGACCCACUGUGCCGGCACGAUCGCAGGUAAACGGUACGGAGUUGCCAAAGCUGCUAAAGUCUACGCCGUACGGGUUCUUGGUUGUUAUGGGUCUGGGUCAUGGUCAGCGGUCAUUGACGGUAUGGACUGGGUUGCCGUCAAUGGUAUUCGUCCAGCCGUUGCUAGCAUGUCUCUUGGAGGCGGUGGACUUCGUUCUGUAGACGAGUCACUGGGAAACCUUCACAGGGCAGGUGUGACGGUGGUGGUAGCGGCUGGUAAUAGCGACUACGAUGCAUGCCGCGCUUCUCCCGCCAGAGCACCUGAGGCAAUCACAGUCGGUGCGAUCCAGGAUGACGAUGCCAGGGUCUACUUUUCAAACUGGGGCGCAUGCGUGGAUAUCUUUGCUCCCGGGCAUCGCAUUCUGAGCGCAGACUACCGAUCUGACGACGGAUAUCGAUCGCUGAGCGGAACCAGCAUGGCAUGUCCUCAUGUAGCAGGUGUUGUUGCAGUCCAUCUUGGCUUGAAUCCUGACCUAUCACCAAAUGAAGUUCGUGACGUCAUCCUAGAAACAGCUAGCAGAGACAAAGUCACCGAGUUGCACGAUUCCGAAAAUCUUCUUCUCUAUGUCCCCAAUGAAUCCUGAUUUUCAUGCUAAUUUAUGAAUUGUGCAUUAGCGCACUACGUUAACAUUUACAAACGAAAAACUCUUUUUUUAUAUAUAUUAUAAAGUUAAAAAAUUAUAAUUAUCUAUCUAUUAAUAUAAAUCAACUAAUUAAUAUACAUUUUAUAUGCAUUGCAAAAUAAAGCUAUAAGCCUCCAUCUCAUUCCAUGUUGUUCCUUUCUAAGUAAACAUUCCUUUAUGAUAGUCCCAUUCAACAUAUUUUUUAACAUUCAGAUCAUUAGCUAAGUAAUGAGUAUAUAUAGUUGGUGUAGAAUUUGAAACAAGACGCAAAUACAGCUAGAAAUCAACAAUGAAAGAAAGUUUUAGUGCUACUUUGUUUUAUGCUUUACCUUAUGUGCCAUGUUAAACAUUUUAUUGAAUAUUUUCUACAGUUUCAACGCAACUUCAUGUAUAUGCGAAAAUAAACUAUGCCUACAAAUUUCA